UGCAGUGAAUGCGCCUUCUACUGUUUAUUCAGUGAAUAAGCUGGACAUGAAGACAAAACAUCGGAGUUAAUCAUUAAUAUUACAGAUAAUGGGGAGUAUAAACCUAAUCAUUUACAUGAUUGGUGUUCAUUCUGGAGCACUUAUUCACAGAGUCCCUCAACCCACUGAACAUCCAGAGUUCGUAGCAAAGGACAGCUGGACGUGCAUAAAGCUGAAACAGCUGCCCAUGAGCACCCUGCCAGUAAAAGAACCCUCAGACCUGCCAGAAUCCAGUACAAAGGUGUCAUGUAGCCAUGGUAGAAGUACAGCUUGACACCAAUCACGACUAUCCACCAGGACUGCUUAUUUCUUUCAGCGCCUGCACCACUGUGCUGGUGGCCGUCCACCUGUUUGCCCUCAUGGUGAGCACCUGCAUCCUACCCAACAUCGAAGCGGUCAGCAACGUGCACAACCUCAACUCGGUGAUGGAAUCGCCUCACGAGAGAAUGCAUCGGCACAUCGAGCUGGCCUGGGCUUUUUCUACCGUCAUUGGAACGUUGCUUUUCCUGGCCGAAGUGGUCUUGUUGUGCUGGGUCAAGUUUUUGCCCAUUAAGCCGAAAAACCAGAAAAAUGAUACCAUCUCCGCCGGGGUGGCUGCCGCGAUCACGUCUACCUCCAUCAUGGUGCCUUUCGGAUUGAUUUUUAUCGUUUUCGCUGUGCAUUUCUACCGCUCGCUGGUCAGCCACAAAACUGACAGGCAGUUUCGAGAGUUGGAGGAGCUGGAGGACUUGCAAAAUGAGCUGGACCAUAGAGGAGAUGCGUCUACCUUACAAUCUCCCAGUUCCCUUUACCCUUAACUUUGAGUUUGGGAAAGAGCAACGGUUCAUAUGUAAAGUUUUUAAACAAGAUAUUGAUCUAUUUGUUGCAUGUUGACUCCAAAGUGUCUAGAUUUAUAUGUGUAAACUGUUUUGAAGAGCUCAGAUGCAAAACCCUCUAAAUGUGUCUUGACAUGUUUUCUUGUGAGCUUUUUUUUUAUCAGACUCUUAAUGGAUUCUGUCAACAAACCGGUAUUUCUGACCUGAGGCCUGCAGGGUUCCCACGGGUCCUUGAAAUCCUUGAAAGUUUGUGAAUCUGGGGGGGAAAUCAAGGCCCUGGGAAGUUUUUGAAAAUAUACAUACAUGCAUAGAUACAGGUCAUUGAAAGUGCUUGAAUCUAUUUUAUGCAAGACGUUUUCUGAAAAAAAAAAACAUAUUAUUCCCUGUGUAGUGUAGGAUAAUAUCAAAAAAAUUCUAGACUUUUUACGCACACGUGCUAAACUGUUUCAUUUUAAAUGCUUAUAUCAUAUGUAAAUGCUUUUUUGGAUAGUAUGUAACUUGUUCCCUGAGAAGGGAUCGAGACGCUGCGUCUCCCUUUCCAUACUUCCUGCGUCCCUGUAACGCCGUCUUUGGCAAUAUUUCAGAUAGCGAUACACAUUCAGACGCACUUACCCCUGGAGGCGUCCCCAAAGUGUCACCGCAGUGACGCAGCGCGAGUUCCCUCAAAAGGGAACUGUAACAAUGUACCUUAAAAGGUAACGCGAUGUAACCUUGCUCUCACUUGAAAUGUGUCAAAUUUAUUCCUUGAAUUUGAGGGUAUUGGACCUGGAAAGUCCUUGAAAGGUCCUUGAAUUUGAAGUUAACCAAGGUGUGGGAACCCUGGGUCUGGGAUUAAGCAAAUUUGAAGCAAACGUAUUUAAUGAAUAUAUAACACCUGCUGAGAGCGUUCGGUUAAUAUCAUGAUUUCAUUUUUGACAAAGGUGGCAUUUAGCGGCUCUUUCAUCUGAGCUCCACAUUUAUUUGAGCUUAGAUUGAACUAUGAAAGCAUGCACUGCAUAGUAUUUUAUUGUUAUAGUAGUCAUUUUUAUUUAAUUCCUUCUUUUUACACCACAGAGAGUCUUUUAUUUUCAGUAUGUCAGCUGUGCCAACUUUGUUUUUAGGCAAGCUACAGUCUUAACAGUGCAGCAUGUCAUUUUUGUACCACUGGAUAUCACCAGAUAAGUUUGCAAAAAAGUUUCCUCCAAAACAUACCACUAGUUGAACCAGCAUUGCGGUAUCACACAAUAAUGCUUAUAGUUGUCUCUGCAUAUUACGAUAGAUAAGAUGUUUACAAAAACACCGUUUUGGGUAAACCCCAAAGAUCUUACAAGACUACUGCUAAUAUUUUUUUUAACACUGACGAGAACUUAAUAUACAUUUUGUGAAUGUACAGGGGACACUUUCAUUACUGUCUGACCAAAACAUUUUUUACGGCAGGUGUUUUGGAUUAGGGCUUUGCUGUAUAAUGGCUAAUUCAUACCUGAAAUCUUGGUCUUAAUAUCACUCCCUUAGAUCUUUUUCAUAACCCCCUUAAACUGAUAGAAAUGAAGGCACUUUAUACAAUAGUAUCAUGUUUGUUUAACCUUUUCAGUACCAUUUGAAUGUCUUAUUAAAGGGAUCUUUAUUCAUUUUAAGAUUUGAACACAAGCACUUAGUGUUUUCAGCAUUGGCAAUAUGUAUAAUUGCAUUGGGAAAGUGUUUAGCAUAAGAUGCUACAAGAAGUGAUUGGCAACAUUGCCUUUUAAUGAUCGUGUUGCCAAUUACAGUUCAAUGAAAUUUUUCUAAUGUGAAAUACUUAUGUUUGAAAUCUUGGUGAAUUCUGACACACUUGUUGUAAGUGCACAUCAUGUCCUGGGAUUUUAUUGGUCUCCAUUAAAUAUAUUUUGAGCAAAGUCUUAAAUAAACUUCAACCAUACUCCAACAUAUA